AUGUCUAACGCCCCUGCCCACGGUCUGUCAGCACUCACCAUGGCGGGAACAGAUGUAGAGUUCGGCGUGACGUCGAUUCUCAACACGAAACAGUUUUCAUGGGUAUUCCUGGUGGAAUGCAUCAUGAUAGUGCUACUGAGCUUAUUUAUUGUUUUUUAUUUCAAUCAAUUCGCCAGCCUUAUCAUUUCAAAGGCUGCCGGUUGGUAUCUUUGGAAAUACCAUCAAAUGACCUUUGUUGUUGGAUCGCUGCAAAUAUCCAUACUGGGCGGCCAAAUAUUUGUGAAAAAUGUCAAGUUUAUAUACAAGGAUCAUGCAAUAUCAAUUGUUCAUGCCACCUUACAUUGGCGGUUUUGGCUUCGUCGGUCGCGAGUCGCAGCGCUUUUCGCGCAAGACUUGGAUGAAAUGAAAAAGCCAGCCUGUCAGUUAUGUUGCGAAAUUCAUGGUGCUGAGAUUUUCGUUUUCAACCGAUCUGUCGCCUACGAUAACAUUGAGGACCUCGUGAAUGGGAUUAUCAAGCCGCAACGAGUAAUUGGCAAGGAAAUUGGAUACUUUGAGGAAUUCUUACUGCGCCUUCUACCACUGGAGAUCAAAGUACGUCGCUCGUCAGUUGUCAUGGGCAAUGUAGAUACCGAGUCUUUGCUGGUAUUGACGAGCAAACACAUGGAUUGUAUUAUUGACGUCGAUAGAGCCUCAAACGACUAUGAUCGCUAUAUGAUUUUGGCAAAAACAUUCUGGGAAAGACCCAAAAUAACGUUGCAUCCAAAUUUGGACUAUCAUAAGUCUAGAGGUAAUGUGUUCGCACCAAGCAAUGGGCCUUGGUUCAGACUCGGUAAGGUGAGGAAAAGAGAUUCGAGUGCAUGGCGCGGAUUGAACAGAUACAACGACGCAGAAGGUGACGAUGAAGUAGGAGAGAUGGACUCUAAUACUGCUGAGUAUGCUAGGGUGUCUACUGUGUUUGAGGCAGAGGAGAUGAUGCUGGAACAUUUCUUGGAUGUUGUUGGCCCGAACGUCGAAUCAGAGACUCCUCUUCCGGCCCCACUAUUUCAUACAAAUAUUGUUUUCACAUCUGCAAGCAUUAAUUAUGGACCUUGGACAGAUAGACAACGGUUGGAGCUGGUCAACGCCUUUUUCCCUCAGGUGUGUGUGGACGCCAAACCUGCUGCGAACAUCCACAAAGCGGGGACCAUGCGUGAAGCUCCCAAAAUGAGAAUCACUUUCGAUUUUGUCAACCAGUUUAACUUGCACAUUCCAAUACGCGAGCCUUCGAAAGAUAUGCAGUGGAUACAUCACUUGAUCAACUCUCAAGCGGCAAACACCACGCGCGCUUACGGGUGGAUUGAUAUCAGUGCUGAUCAAGGAUCUAAUGGUGAGGUCGAAAUAGAUUUGCUCGCUCAUGAAUAUGGCUAUCGUAAUGUGUUCAAACUAUUCUUGGAUAAGCUCCAGGUACGAACAUCGGUAAAUCACGACCUGGCUAUCAAAACGAAAAAUCACACGAUUUCCUUAGUACAAAUUGUUCCUCUCAAAUGGAAUGGUUUACAGAAAUGGGAUAUAUUGUUCAAAUCCAUGGACCUUGACUUCUUUUUCCUUCGUGAGCAGGCAACUCUUCUUAUUGAUUAUUUCAAAGACAUAUCUUCUCCACAGGAUGUCGACUACAGCCAUUUCGUCCCGGCAGUUUACAGCUUCAAAUGGUCUGCUGAUAAUCUAAAACUGUGGUUAAAUGUCAACAGUCAAAACAUUAUCAACAAUCCCACGAGUUUAGAAGAAAACACUUACCUCGUUUUCAGAACGAAAGCGAUCGGUUUAACAUUGGACCUUUCUGCAGAUCAGGUGCGCCCACUAACGAACACCUCGAAAAUCACUUUGGCCACGGAUUUGCUUGAUUUGGAAGUGAGUGCCCCGCCAUGGCAUAUGCUGCAUUCCUUUCUUGAGUCAAACCAUCUGGGUAGAGUUUACGAUUUCCGAGUUGACCUCUCGUAUACUUACAACUGUGUCGAAGACAGUAAGAAUGCAGAGACUGAAAUUAUCAACGUUUAUGGGCGUGACUUCACUCUGAUUGCUCACGGCUUUGCUAUUAAUUAUUUGAUGACUAUCCGUGAAAACUAUUUCGGCCAAAAUUACCAUUUUCAAACUAGUGAGGAAUAUUACGAAAAACUGACAAAAAAUGACGUCUUCAGUGAAGAAUACGAGUUUUCAAGAUAUGAUCCUGACCUUGAUGUCCAGAUGCAUUUUGAUGUCCAGAACUGUUGCCUUGUGCUUCCGGCAUAUUUAUACUCUGCGAAAGCAUGUAUCGCUCUUCAUUUCGCCAACUUGGCGGCAGAAAUGAGAUUCACCAACUACUACAUGGAUCUACAAGCGGAACUGUCUCCUAUGACAGGUUAUUUACACAAAGAACUCGAAUUAGAGCUUGUCCUAGAUUUGGCUAAACCUGAGCUUUCCGAUUUUGACGACACAUCGGUGGCAUUCGUUAGUGAAUUCAUUGUUACCGCGCAUCGAAUGUUUGGUUUACCCCCGAGUGAGCCAACAUAUGUCUGCUGCUGGAACAUUGAGCUGGGAGAUGUUAUUUUGGAUGGACCCUUCGAUAUGCUGGAUAUAUUGGGCCGUAUCGUGGUGUUCGCUGGACACUCUUUCAAAGGUAUUGAAAAUAAACCAAUUACGGAGGAACCGGACCUGUUUGAUGUUACGUUCCUUUGUGUUGAUGUCAAAUCAUUUGCUUUGAACCUCCAUUCAAGUGAUAACACUCGGAUUGAGUACCAUACCUCGGCCAUCUCACUGCGUAAAAAUGAUUAUGCAAACGAGAGAUAUAGCCGCAGGUUGACCGCAUCCAUCCCCAAUAUCGAGCUACGAGGGUUUCACAAGGGCGAACUUGUAUUAUUGCUACAGACGUCUGCUGCUUGCAGUGUUUUUUCCCAUGCAAAGGAGCCCUUGCGGCAGUACCAGAUGCAGCAGGAGCAUAUUGCACUACAUGACAUGCUUUUCCACCGAUGUCCGUUCUUGUUGGAUAGAUGGCAUCGUUCAAACCCACCUUACAGUACCAAGCCCGCCGAUCAUAUUGUGCCAGCAGUCUCUUUACCGCCCCUCCCACCUCAACUAACGCAAGAACUGGUUGCAAAUGCGAACCCACAGUCAAUUGCUCUAGAUUUUCAGUACGACAGAUUAUCCAAGUUUUCUGCGUCUUCAAGAUCACACUAUUCUGGAUCCAACUCAAAUUUGUUCUCUUCAAAUGAUAGCUGCUCGAGCAGUGAUAUAUCAGAAUCCAGCUCCAGAGUGAAAGCCAAAUUUGAACCAGCUAAGUUCGCAUUUAAUUCCAAAGAGAAAUUUUUCGGGUUUUUACCUCCAGAAGGUUUUCACGAGCCGGAAAUGAAACAGGGUGACCAUGAUUUUGAUCUUAAUGGUCAUGAAUCGUACCCGGGAGCUCCAUCGCUUCCUAAAUUUGACGAAUCGUUGAUAUAUGAUGACAUUGUUUUUGAAUUAGGGCCUUUGACUGCUACAGUUUUGCCUCAAACCAUCCAGCUUAUUGAUGCAGUUAGUCUUCACUUGAAUAAUGUCGAUUUAACUGCCGCAUUUGAUAAAAUGCACUGCAGAGUAGUUCAAGUGUUGGCUAAAGAGGAUGAUAAGCAGUGCUUCAGAGCCCUGGUAUCUACGGAAGCUGUCGAUAUCAAGCUGGGCAUGGCGAAAAAUACACAGCACGGCACGAGUAGCGGGCAAGAUGAGCCAAUGGACAUCUGUCUUGAACCGAAUCACGUUUUAUUGAGUCUUGAAAAACUGAAUAUUAUGGUUCAAAUUGGCCCUAGUAAAGUUCCGAAUGUCGUUGAUAUAGGGCUUGAUGUUCUAAGCCUAAGCGUCAAUACAUCACAGGACGCCUUGACAAGAAAUGCGGUGUCACUUCGAGUGAACCAGCUUGCGGGCUGGUUCGUUUUGGAUAACGAAGACUCUGUUGGUCAAAUUCACACAGAUAAUAUCGAUCUUUUUUGGGCUGAAAAGCAGUUGGGCUGGGUGACCCGUUAUAUUUUGGAACUUGUUUGCGAGAUCGAUAAGCUCAAAAAGCUAACGGUUUCCAAAACUUCCGAACACAAAAAAAUGGCGUAUGCGAUGCUGGAGGUCGCACGUGCGAGUGAACGACAUAAUGUUGAGCAGGACUCUUACGUACUUUCAAGGCCGUUUGGAAGUGCUCAGAGCCAGAACCACACACGCUCACAUAUCAGUUGGCGCAUCUCCGUAAGAUUGAGACAUUUGCUAAACCUAUUGCCAAGCUCAGAAAUCCAAGAGAUUGAGCGCACUAUUGAGAACCGCACUUACGAGGUACCUUCUGAUGCUAAAAAACAAGUCAUGGAUAUUUUUAGUCGCUGGCGAAGCUGGGAGCAAACAGAAGAUCUUGAUUCAGCUCUCGUAUUCACACACACUUUUGGAGAGCGUCCCAAAAGAUGGGAUAGAACAGCAGUUGCUAUUCGUUGCGGUAUCGAUAGUAUAACUACCAGAUUGAACUAUGGAGACCAUACUGAGGAUUUCUUCAUCUUGGACUACACGAAUAUGCAUGGUUCAUUCAAACCUGCGGCGGCAACGGUUUUUACAAGUCUUAUGAUAACAUGCGCAAGGGCGCGGACUCACUUGAGUACUCGCACAAUGAAGCCAAUUGCAACGGUUGCCAAAACAAUAGCAGAAUUUGAGCACCCUGAGUUACUCAGAGAACUAUUCAACCCGAAGCGCUCUACUGACCUCAAACCCCGCCAAAGCAGUGCACGUGCUGUAAAAGGUUUCGUGUUAGGUUUUAUCCAGGAUUUCGGAUUCGAAGCUUCACUACGUUCCUUCGGUGCUGAGUUGCAAUGUAAACAAGUGCAAGCCUUGAGUACAUUCAUAUCUUCGAGCACUCAGUGGUAUCACACUACAAUUGCUGCGAUGGCUUCAUCUUGCCUGAGUGCGGUAAAUUCGACUGGCACUGAUCUUUUCGACUAUAUUUUAGAUUCAGUCAAUGUAGGCCUUAUUGGCUGGGAGGCGUACACGCGGGUUGUGUCCAAUGUCGGUGAGCUAUCACUCGUUUCAAAUGCUCAUAUCACAGAGUUUUGCAACUUGGUCAAUAACUUUUUUGAAACUGAUUUGGAAGAUUUCAAAAAGUUUUUAGCCAUUAUACACGAAACUCGCUCUAAAUUGAUGACAGGCUUCAGCGAAGACACUUCUACGGGAUCACGUUCAGACAGCACCCGCACUAUGGAUGGAACUCACGACAAGGAGCACGUACCUAUACAUUUCAAUUUGGAUGUGACAACAAUUACAAUCAAGACUGUUCUCUUAGAGAGUCUGAGAGCCGCACUUACAGGGGAGCACCUCGUUGUCCGAUCACGCCAGCCAGAUCAUGCCACCACUUUGGCCGAUAUUCAUCUAGAUAGAGGUGUGUUAGGGAUGCUUUAUGGGGCUGGCAGUCCAGUUGUGAGUGUUGAACUGCUGGACGUUAGCAAUAUUAUUCGAUAUGAACCAGAACUUCAUGCUUUGGAUUUGUUGAACUCCGUAAAGUUGGCUAAACUGGAUACAAUGGAGCUUCUAUGGUUUCUGGAUCUUUUGAAAGAGGAAAAUAUUGCCGCUGAGAUCGAACAAGUUAUGAGUACGUUCAAUUCGAUUGCGACCAAGUACGCAGAUGCACUCGAGUCGCUUCCAAGCGAAGAAAACCUGAAGGAUAAUGUCACGUCAGACUCACAACAACUUUCAAGUUACUCUGUGAGGAUUGAUGAGGCGCAGCUGUCGUUGCCUUUGAGUGAUGCUACAUUCAUCUUCAUUGCACGCUACAUGACCGGCCACUUUUUCAACUUCAAACGCGAUGACCGUGAUAAACCGUUUGCGUGUCCGGUAGAGCUAUUCGGCUCACUAGAUGAGCUGCGGGUGGAGCUUCUGUCCAAACUUGGUGGUUUGCCAUCAACUCCCCAGACACCUGUUGUAUCGAAUUCGUCGAGUCACCAGCCUCCUGUACUAGCUGUACAGCUUACUGCUGCAUACAAUCACGAAAAAGAUCUUCAAAAGCUUGAAAUAUCAAGCAACUAUUGCAAGCUCGUUUUGGAUCCUGUCAGAGCAGUUUCUAUUUCUCGCGCUGUCACAAAGCUUCAGUCUAGAUCCACAUUUUUCGAGACGAUUGACAAGUCUGAGGUUAAACAUGAUAGGGACAGCGCAGAGCAAAGUAUUCCGACCUUUUUUGAGAGUCUGAGCGCUGUUUUUGCUCUAAAAAAUCAAUCAUUCACCUGGCAGACGAGAAACGGUGGAGGAAUCGUAGUUGGGAACGAGGCCCUCAAUAUUCGACAGAAUGGUUUAACCGCACGUAUGGAUAUGCAUGAGUUCUAUAUUCAGCCUGACUCUUCUCAUUCGCAAUAUGGUAGCAAGAUAGCUCUCCCCAGCUUAGCUUUGUCUGUGGUGGUUCUACAAAAUGAGGACGAGCAUUUCGUAUACAUCAACAACAGUGGUGAAUCUUUGAAUAUCGACGUAUCUGCAGCGGUUGUUCCACUUCUUGUAGGAUUGGCUGAUUCGGUUGAUGAAGCGAAAAGACUCUAUUCCGAGGGGCUAUCGGACGAGAGCAUGGAUGAGAAACCUGACAAACCUCCUCAAGUUAGAUCACCGAUCCGACUUCCUUUUUCUUUGCACGGAUUAAGCUCUAUUUCUAGGGCACGGAUUCGUCUAUUUGAGGAGUAUGGAAGCUUCAACACGCCUUCCCUUGAAUUACACAGUCCCGCUGCUAAGGUAACGGUUGACUAUCGAAGGAAGACAAUCCCACUGAGGGAUGUACUCAACAUCGACAUCAGCAUUUCAGAGUCAUCGAAUACAAUAUAUCCAAAAGCGCUACAGGAGCUAAGAAACAUGGUCAGGAAUAUCGAGUAUCAACUUGCACAUCGUCAUGUUCAUGUGGAGCCUCAUAGAACAAUGGCUUCAACUAUUUCUCCACAAAGUCCUCGUACUCCCACCAAACCCAGAAAGUUGCGGAUCCGGACAGAUAUUGCACAACAUGCACCAACGCUUUCAACACCUGUUUCAUCGAGUGUGGAGGACUUCCAUGUUCUACUAUCUGCUAUCGAGUAUACCAUUUUUGUGAACUUCUCUGCUCAACAACUAGAGUUGUCUUGUGAACCUUUUGCGAAGGUUGCGACAACACUAUUGUAUGAUGGAAUUACCGUAGUGCUGACUUCUCCGCUGGACGAGUUGUCCAACCAGUACCUGGCUCUAUCUGGCUCAGUAAGAGGUGCAAAAGUUGCGCUUCGACAUAUAUUUUCACAUGAGAGGUCUAUUGAAGCCGGCAUUGGCACGUUAUCGUUCACGGUGAUUCACCGUCAGCGGAGCAACACACCAAUAGAGAUAGGUCUGUCAACUGCGGACCCGGAGUUCAGUCUCAAGGUUAGCAAAAUUAAUGAUAUCAGGUCUUUCAUUGAUAUCUGGACCCCAGUCACAUCUUUGCCGAAUACUGAUGUGGUUUCUCCAGCCAGCCCUAAAGCACCUCAGUCUUCUCCCACUGGCUCAACACAUAUACAAACUUACCGCAAGGCCAUGGCAUCCAUUGCAUUCCAGUGGUCACUGGUGUGGCAUGUUCGAAAUGUAAAAGGUUAUAUCGACUUGGGACAGUCUGUAGGAAAGGCUGAACUUACACUGGAUUGGUUUUGGUUGAGCUCAUUGAAGAAGUCUCAGCGACGCCAGUAUUUCGCAGGUGGUAUUGGUGCUAUUGUUGUCUCUUGUGAAGGACGUGUGGGAGGUGCGUUAGACGUGAAAGGAACGAAUGCGCACCUGACCGUCGAAUUUGGCGAGGACCUAUACCAAACGCCUCAAGUUCUGUUUGUGGCAGGAAUACCAUCGUUCGAUGCUUAUUUGAGUCUAGAUUUCAAUCCGUUCCUCGCACUGCGUGUUGCUAAAUCAUCGAUCGCAAUCGGAAACACCCAAAGACCGUCGUUGGAUUAUGACGAGCUAGAGAUAUCUUUCCAAUGCGAGAGUGCCUCUGCAACUUUCACUGCUUUGGCUGCCAGCCAUCUGUACGAUAUGGCCGAUUUGGUAGGUACUUUCAAGAUGCCUAGUAGCACGGUUCCCCUUGAUGAUGGUGGGGAUGAUCUUAUUGCACUCAAGCGUCGUGAAAUCAAUGACAGAACCCUCAAUCUUCUCACAAGACUCAAGGUCAAACUUAACUUGAAGCUAGGUGAGACCGUCUUAUACGUGUUUCCGUCUGAUCUUAGCGAAAGUACUGCUAUGUGUGUGUCCUCUGGAGGUAUGCACAUCUUUUUCACACAGUGGCUGGAUCAAAACGGACUUCACUCCGAGUUCAAUUUUGAGACUCAUCGAUUGUUGUUAUCUUUAGCAGCAAUGCAAACAUCAUUCUCAGCAGCGGAUGUGACCAGCCUGCAGGUUGACUCCUUUUUCAAAGCGGCGGCUAGCUCCUCGAAGAAUAACAUUGUUACCAUUCCCAAAUGCAAAAUGUUCAUGUAUGCACUGCUUAAACCUAACGGGCGACACGUAUGCUACACUUUUUCAUCUGAUUUUAUGGGAACUGUGGAAGUCGGUUGGAACUUGGGCUCUGUUGCGUUCAUUCGCGAGAUUUCAAGUGUUCACUCCAAAGCCUGGGAUGUUCGCAAGAAAAUAUACCUAGCAUCUUUGGAUCCCAGUGAGCGCGCGAAGGUGGGAGGAAUUUUCGUGUCACAACCAACUACGCCAGCUCGUCCUCGUUCAGCUGAUAGUCAAGACUAUCUUGCUGACGACAAAAAUAGCAUGAUGAGCCUAGAAGAUUUCGAGGUUUCCCGCAAACUCUUUGAAGCGUUGAUUAACUCAGAUCUGCGCUUUGCGGAGAUUCCCAAGUACCAUCAUAUUGAAUCUCCUCGAAUCAAUAUACCCCAGCUGCACGACAUGGGCGAGGCUACACCGCCAGUGGAGUGGAUUGGGCUGGAUCGUCACAAAUUGCCGGAGGCUAUACAUUGGUAUCCUGUGCGUGCACUAAACGGAAUCAUUUUUGAAGUCGAGCAGAUUUACGGCGGCGUUAUUGAGCGGAUGUAA